UGAAUGGAAUCAGCCGUCAAAGAACAAAGUAAUUGCGUCGUGAUUAUAUAGUAUUUUCUCUGGUCAUCGCGCGUUGUCCUCCUCCUUCCCUGAGAGGAAAUCGUAUUUGAGUGUCAAAACGCUUUUCUUCGCGGAAUUUCCCCUGCACCAUCGCGGCACCGCGCAUCCCCUGCUUACGCAUCAGUUUACGCGUCCGCCAUCAUAUCGAUAUGCUCUAGACUCCCAGAGCAAUCCACUUCCAUUCAGACAGUUUCACAAACACACCCAGGGCCAGACCUUCCCGCUCGAAGCAGGGACCGAAAGACUCGAGCGCUCUCCAUGAAGGCCGAGUCGUCGCCGUUCGAGAGCAGUGAGAUGCUCGGGACUUUCGUGGCGUCGACACCCCUCCUGGAGGAAUCGUGGAGGCGGUGCAAUUUCGCGGACUCUGCCGCUCCGAUGAACUUCCUGGCGGACCAAUGUGGCGAGGUUGGGUACGUGGCGUUCUCGGGCGUCCAGGCGAUCGACUGGUCCGAACCGAGCUGCGGGACCCUGAUGGCGCUGGGCGAGUGCGAAUGGGAGCCUCUGUUCUCACCGUUGAGGUGCGAUGGCGACGGCGACGGCGACGGCGACGGCGAGGGGACGGUCAAGGUGGACGCCGGAUUCCUCCGUCUCUUCCUCGAAUAUUACCGGCGAUGGGAUUUCCAAAACCAGAUUCAGGAAUUAUUAGGAAAGGUUAAGAUGAUUAUCCUCACAGGCCAUUCCUUCGGAGCAACAACCGCCUCUCUUACUACUCUUUGGCUCCUCUCCAAUCUACAGCCCGUUGCUUCUCCCAUCUCAGUCCUUUGCCUCACCUUCGGCACUCCCUUGCUUGGCAAUGAGUCUCUUUCUCGAGCCAUUCUCCGGGAAAGAUGGGGCGGGAGCUUCUGUAACAUUGUCUCGAAGCUCGAUGUAGUGCCGAAACUGUUCUUCGCUCCACUAACCUCCUUGACUCCUCAACUGUACUUGCUGCUUCAGUUUUGGCGAGGUGCUAUGGCUUCACCCAGUCCAGAACAGUUAGUUGGAGAACUGCAAAAACAAAAUUUUGAUGAAUUCUUUAGCAACGUCAAAAAAUGUGUUCAAGAUGCUGCACAAUCAGAAGAAGGGGCGAGGAACAAUUUGUUUUGGCCACUGGGAAGCUACCUAUUCUGUUCAGAAGAGGGAGCGAUCUGUCUGGAUGAUGCAACGUCUAUUGUUAAGAUGAUGCAUUUGAUGCUCGAGACAGUCUCUCCAGCUUCCAGUUUUGAGGAUCAUCUGAAGUAUAGUUAUUUUACAAGACUACUUUCUUUGCAGUUCCUGAAAAGAAUAGACAUCAAUGACCUCUCCGAGUCAAGCUCCGAAGCUGGUGUCUUCUUGGCAUUACAAUCCUCAGGAAUAGAUCCACAGGAUGACAAUAUUUCAAAGCCAGCUAAAGAUUGCCUGGAGAUGGCUCGGUACAUGGGACGUGCACCGAACCUGAACAAUGCUUAUCUAGCUAUCAAACUGUCUGAGAUAGUACCCUGCAGGGCACAACUUGAGUGGUACAAGGCACGCUGUGACGAGUCUGUGGAUCAACGUGGGUAUUAUGACACAUUCAAGAAGAAAUUUGCAGUAUCCAAGAGGGAGUACACAAUCGACAUGAUCCUGUUCAGCCUCAGCACAUUCUGGGAUAAGGUCAUAGGCAUGGCAGCACGGAAUGAACUCUCACACGAUUUCCACCGCAGGUCCAAGUGGGUCAAUGCGUCCCAUUCCUACAUGCUCCUCGCCGAGCCAUUGGAAAUUGCACGCUAUUACCAUCGUGGCAUGCACACAGAGAGGGGACAUUACAUCAAGCAUGGAAGGAAUAGGAGGUUCCAGAUUUUGGAAAGAUGGUGGAAUCGGAAGGUUGCUGUUGCGGCGCAAGAACCACAACAAAAUAACAACAGAAGGAGCAGGAGCAGGUAUGCAAGCUUCACUCAAGAUACUUUGUUUUGGGCGAGAGUGGAGGAAGCGAAGGACUGGCUCAAGAACGCGGAAGAGGAAAAGGACCCGAAUAAGUUGGAACUACUUUUGGCGAACAUGAACAGUUUCGAGACGUACACAGAGGAGCUAAUUAAGAACAAGGAGGUGUCCAUAGAUGUUCUGGCUAAAAACUCAAGUUACACAUUAUGGGCUGAGAAAUGGAAAGAUUUGAAGUCGAAGCUAAAGACUGGCUCAAGAACGUGGAAGAGGAAGAGGACCUAAAUAAGUUGGAACUGCCAU